GCUUACUCCUGAGAAUGUUUGAAGAGGACUUCGAGAAUUGUCGGAAUUUGCAGCGAGAAGAAUGGGAGGUGCUUGAGUCGAUAUACCCGGACUUCGUGUCUAGAGAUCCGACGAAUGAGAUUGUGAAGCUCGACAUACCCGUCGAUCUUGGCUGCUCCAUGCCAGCUGAAAUUGUCAACGACGGCACCAUCCCGCUAAUCUCGGAGGAUUCCGCGACACCAGACGUACAUAAACAAUCAAUAUCUCUCAAGACUCUCCCUCCGGUGCUCCUGAGUUUGGUCCUCCCUCCAGAUUACCCUGUCUAUGCCCCGCCGCGGAUUCUGUGGAUCCGUGCCACUUCGAGCUGGCUACCCCGCAUACAUCUUCUCCAAGAGAAGUUGCUGCAGAAAUGGAACGCACCGGAAGGCGUACUGUACGAAUGGGUAGAAUGGAUACGUAGCUCUGACUUUCUGCGAUCGCUCGACUUGAUAGACGAGAGUGGUGUCAUACGUCUAUCGACCCCAGCCCCUCAGUUGCUCGCGCCGCUGCUGCUACAUCAUGACUCCGUUCUCCAAGCCACUCGGUUCUCGCAAAACGCCUACGAGUGCCAAGUCUGUCUAACGUCCGUAAAGGGCUCAAAAUGCAUCGUGCUGUCGUGCGGACAUAUAUUCUGCCGAUCGUGUCUGGAAGACUUCUGGAGGCUCUGCGUAGAGGAGGGAGAUGUCAGCAGAGUAACGUGCCCGGAUCCGGCAUGCGUGAAGGCGGCGAGAGCGGCGAAUGAGGAGGAAGUGAGGAGGGUGUUGAUGGACAAGGAGGUGACGCGGUGGAAAUGGCUGAGACAGAAGCAGGAACUGGAAAAGGAUCCGACUAUCAUACAUUGUCCGGUGGCGGUAUGCCAGACGCCCGUUCCAGGUCCCAAGGGCGCAGAUGCAAUGGAUGGGACGGGCUGGGAGCGAUUACGCACAUGUCAGACGUGCAACUACUCUUUCUGCGCAUAUUGUCGAAGAACCUGGCAUGGCCCGAUUUCCGAAUGCGCGCUCUCGGUAACUGACAGCUUUUUGUCGGAUUACAUGAAUGCAUCCGAGGGUUCUCGCAAGCGAUUGGAGAUCGAACAGCGAUAUGGAAGGGCCAAUGUGCUCAAGCUUGUUGCAAGGUUCAAGGAAGAUCAGGCCAAUAGGGCAUGGCUCGAAGCGUCCACUAUGGCAUGCCCGACAUGUCGAGUCCAUGUCGAGAAGAGUCACGGUUGCAACCAUAUGACUUGCGGCAAAUGUAAGACGCAUUUUUGUUACAGGUGCGGCGAGAAGCUUUUGGCCUCUAACCCCUACGUGCAUUUCUCGACGCCGGGCAGACGGUGCUUCUCGAAGUUAUUUGACUUCAACUCGGAGGAGAACGAGUGGGAGCCGGUAGAUCUUUUCGAGAUUGUAGACGAAUUAUGAUACUGAUCCGUGCCUCGACAUUUUGUAAAUUACGGCAUGCUCCCAAUGCUGAGC